AUGGCACCGACAGCCAUCUCUCAACCUUCGGUCACUUACUAUCCCAAGGUGUCAAACGCUAUCCCGGUGGAUUCGCCAGGUGAAGCACAGAGUCACAUAAUAUCGUUCUUGCUCAGCCGCACCCAAGAAAACUUGCUACUGGCGCUGUCCUGGGACAACCUCACCAAGGAAAUCCGUGAUAUUUUACAAAAGGGCUCGGAGAAAAGGUUGUGCCAGUGGGAAUAUGAUCCGGAAUAUGAAAUUCUGAAGGUUAAAGCUAUGGGCUCUCCCCUGCAUGCCGCCCUCAACUCGUGCAUCUUCCGAUCUUUCAUCACGGCGCAUCGUACUACCCUAACUGUUGACGAAGUCAAGUGCAUCGUAAUAAACCCAUUACCCGUUCUCCUCUCUAGACCACUCAAUCCCGGAGAAAAGCUUGGUGAAAAACCUGCAGCGUGGACGAAGCAUCCCGAUAACUUGAUCUAUUUCAACGACAUUGAAGCCGAAGAACAAUUUCUACAAAUUGUCCUUGAAAUUGGUUUCUCAGAAAGUUAUCAUGACCUGGUCCGUGACGCUUCACAAUGGCUACUGCGAUCUGGCGGCGAGACCAAAGUAGUGAUCAUCGCCAAAAUAGAUGAAGACAAGCGCCAGCGCGCCAUCCAUCACAAAACGGAGCAGUUUACAUGCACUCGCGAUAUGCUUGUCACUAAAUACGGAGAUGCGAUGUCGCAAGAGACUUUCGACAUCGAAAAUACCGUGGAUGGAAUUCAAAAUUCCUCGCCCGCUUUGUACAAGGCAGUCAAAUCUGAAGUCAUUGCGUCUGAUUGGGUUGGCCAAAUCUCUGUAUAUCUAGAGGUUUGGGAAUUGAGAGACGGAUACCCCGUUCUGAGGGGACCGCGCAUUGAUGUUCUGCCAACCCCCGCUAAUCCGCAAAAUCUCGUACUUAGUGUCACGGAUUUAAUUCCUGAGGGUUGCAGGACCUUGUUUUCCAACUUCGAUACGUCAAGGACUUUCACUAUAGAUAUGGGGUUCUUUCGUCAGGAGCUAAACGUAGCAAGGAAGCUGACAGCGUUCCAUAGAGCUAUGGAGGUGAUCAGGCCGCUGGAUAAGGAUGAAAGCAAUCCAGAGUAUCGGCUCUGGGUGCUCUCCUAA